AUGACUGACAAGCGGCCUACCUCUGACCCCGCUCGUCCCAGUUUCCUGAUGGGAGCUCGAGUCGGUCACCAACGCCAAACGAGAUUGGUGACAAGAGACAUUGGCGUUAACCUGUCAGUCCUAGUCGGAGCUCCGGCGGGCCAGGUCACGGACAAUGAGACAACCGCUCCAAAUACAUUGGCCCACAUUGGCGCUCGGUUUCCCCGUCCCUGCGCAAACGCCGCUAAGCAUAAGGGUCUGGCGUCGAGGGACAAGGGCAAACGAGGAACGAGUCAGAAGCCUUGGACUGGCGAGCGCAAGAUGAUUAGAGCAGAACUUGUUGAUGGUGGUUGA